CCGUUCUGCCCAAUGUGGGGGCUCACCUCCCUCUCGCCUUCCUCCAUACCCCAACUUGGAAUAAAGAAUCACCUAGUGAGUGGCGCCCUGUCUCUCCUGGUUUUCUCUGCCACGACCUGAAUGGAGUCUGUGUGAUUCCGAUCUGUUAUGCUCUGCUCGCCGGAAUCGUUCUCGUUCCAUCUUCCCACGCCCGCGUCUGGCUUUGUGUGCGAAGACCCCCCACCCUGCAGUCUAGACGUAGUCGCGAGCUGGAGGGCGGUGGGUGUGGGGCCCCACUCCCAGGUCUGUUGCAGCGAGCGUCUGCCUGGAGAUUAAAAUGAGACGUGACUUCUUGGCAGGACAGGGCUGUGUGCCUUUGCAUUCCCGAGAUCUUCGUAGAUUGAUUCUGCAGCUUGAUUUCCGGUGAAGGACUCGUGCCCAGCCACACCCUAGCACAUACCGUGGAUCAGACACCACCUGCAUAUAUGAGACUAAGAGUUCCGGUUAUCCUCUUACUGUCCCUGUCUCUUAACUUUAUUUUACCUUUUCUCUAAAUGAACAUUACUUCUCUGUGUCAAGGUCACACGGUGGUAGAGCUACAACUGACGGCCACCAACCUGCUAUGUUCAACCAGUGUACAUCCUCCGGAGACCUGGGAGGAUCCGCCUGGACCCCACCUUAGACCUAAAGAUCCUGCAGCUCUAGGCGUCACCUGGAGGAUGGUGUCGGUGACAGAGCUCAAUGAACCUCUUUCUAAUGAAGAUCGAAACCUCCUCUCGGUGGCCUACAAGAACGUGGUUGGUGCCAGGCGAUCUUCCUGGAGGGUCAUCAGCAGCAUUGAGCAGAAAACCAUGGCUGAUGGAAAUGAAAAAAAAUUGGAGAAAGUUAAAGCUUACCGGGAGAAGAUUGAGAAGGAGCUGGAAACAGUGUGCAAUGAUGUCCUGGCGCUGCUCGACAAGUUCCUCAUCAAGAACUGCAAUGAUUUCCAGUAUGAGAGCAAGGUAUUUUACCUGAAAAUGAAAGGCGAUUACUACCGCUACUUGGCAGAGGUAGCUUCCGGGGAGAAGAAAAACAGUGUGGUCGAAGCUUCCGAGGCCGCCUACAAGGAAGCCUUUGAAAUCAGCAAAGAGCACAUGCAGCCGACGCACCCCAUCCGGCUGGGUCUGGCCCUCAACUUCUCCGUGUUCUACUAUGAGAUCCAGAAUGCACCUGAGCAGGCCUGCCUCUUAGCCAAACAAGCCUUCGAUGAUGCCAUAGCUGAGCUGGACACACUAAACGAGGAUUCCUAUAAGGACUCCACGCUCAUCAUGCAGUUGCUGCGAGACAACCUCACCCUCUGGACGAGCGACCAGCAGGAUGAAGAAGCAGGAGAAGGCAACUGAAGAGUCUUCGGGUCCCGGGCCCUUCCUUCACCCACCACCCCCCAUCAUCACUUGAUUCUUCCUUGCCACAAUCACUAAAUAUCUAGUGCUAAACCUAUCUGUAUUGGCAGCACAGCUACUCAGAUCUGCUCUCCUGCCCCUUGGGAAGCAGUUUCAGAUAAAUCUUCAUGGGCAUUGCUGGAUUGAUGGUUGCUUUAAGCCCUUAGGGGCUCUCUUUUCGAAUUGUGCAGACAAGUGCGAUCUGAAUGAGGCAUUCUAUGCCUAUUGAUCUAUGGGAAACCCAAGCAAAAGCAAUGGGGAAGUUUAGAAAGGAGAAUUAGCCAACACAGGCUUCGAUUGAUAUUUAAAUGAUCCAUGUAAAGCAAGCUGAUAGUGUUUUGUUGAGCAGUACAUCUUGUGCAUGCAAAAAAUGAAUUCACCCCCCACCUCUUUCUUCAGCUAAUGGAAAACUGUUAAGGGAAGCUGAUUACAAAGAGACCACUCCUCCUUUCCAUCAGCUUUAUAAUAAACUGUUUAACGUGAGGUUUCAGUAGCGCCUUGUUUUGCCUCUUUAAAUUAUGUGCACAAACCUUCUUUUUCAAUGCAAUGCAUCUAAAGUUUUGAUACCUGUAACUUUUUUUUUUUUUUUUGGUUGUGAUUGUUUAAGAAUCAUGGAUUUAUUUUUUGUAACUCUUUGGCUAUUGUCCUUGUGUAUCCUGACAGCACCAUGUGUGUCAGCCCACGUCAAUCAAGAUGGGUGAUUAUGAAAUGCCAGACUUCUAAAUUAAAUGUUUUGGAAUUCAAUGGGUAAAUAAAUGCUGCUUUGGGGAUAUUA